AUGGGCUUUCAAUUCUUUGGUGCUCAAAAUGGAGUAAAGAUGGGAGUCUUGAACGCUCCCAAGCGAGCCGUAUGGAUCUGCUCGUUUGUUAGCCUCACAGCUUUCCUUAUCUUUCUCUGCUUUCCCGUCUCUUCAUUUUAUCCGUUGAAUCCCAUCGUCUCUCCAUCUAACCCUGACUCUCCUCAAACAACAGAUACCUUCAGUGCCAAUUGUCAUAAAAGCCUUCGACCGGAAGCAUAUCAGCAGCAUGGCAUUUGGACCGGGAGAUUGGCUCUGCCGAAGCUGAUGGCAGAGUUAUGGAAACCCCUCAUACAUCCUAUCACGGAGAGAGUGUUCGUCACCGACAAGGGAGAACGUUUCGAAGUACCAAUUGAUCAAGUCCGAUGGAAGAAGCCACUAGGGAAACGGGUCGUUAUCGUCGAUACAGAUAAUCGGCUUGAUAGCAAAACCGAGAACACAAUGUUGAACGAAUUCCGUGCAGCCGCCUAUCCCGAUCGACACGGAACUUGGGUAAAGCCAGCCAUCACCAAAGAGGCUCUGAAGACCCAUGAGUUCGUCGUCUCGCUAGACUCAGACGCCGUGUUUACCCAUCUCGACCUCCCACUAGAAUGGCUCAUGAACCUCUGGGAUUACCGCCCAGAAACCUUGGUCGCCAUGGCUUACGACCUUGACUGGAAACAAGACUACGAUCCUCAAGGCAAUCUUAUCCUCAAUACGGGAUUCGCCAUUGCACAGGCAAGUCAGCGCACCCAAGAUAUGUUUCGACGCUGGGAAGAUUGCCCAAGGAGUAUACAUGGCUGCGACCAUUGGAACCACCAAUGGGCACACGAGCAGAGCGCUUUUUCGUACUAUAUCCGGUAUGAGUUCAAUAGAACGCACGACGUGAAAAACAUCCCGUGCAAUCACGCCAAUGGUAACGAGUUUACAUUGGAUGGUGGUGAAGCCAACAAAGAUAAGAAAGUCCAGGAUGUUAUCUUAUCUUAUCUUAUCUUCAAGGGCCCACGAACCAAACCAGCAUUUGACUUGACUACCCUAAAAUGCUCUCAGCGCUGGCCUUUGGAUAUUAUCAAUUCGAUUGUCCAAAUUGACCACUGGAUUGUCAUAAUUAUCCUAAUCCCCUCAUUCAUCGGAAUUGUGCCAAGAAUCGGAGUCACAAGAUGCUGGAGUCGUCUCAAGAAGAAUGUGAUGUCUAACCGGACUGGGUAUUAUGCGGACUACAACAACCCUCAAGAAUGGGAGCAAAAUGAACGAAGGUUUGGUGGCUGA